AUGGGAGGCAACUUAUCACACAUUCAAGACUACUCCGAUGAUGAUUCGUCACGCGGAAAGAAGUCUCGCAUCAUGGCCUUCCAUUCCAAGGACCAAUGGAGCACUCACUUCAAUGCCUCCAAAGAAAGCAACAAACUGAUGGUGAUAGAUUUCACGGCAACAUGGUGUGGACCUUGUCGAGCCAUGGAGCCAACAUUGAAGGAGUAUGCUGAUAAAUACACAGACGUUGAGUUUAUCAAGCUGGAUGUAGACGAGUUACCGGACGUGGCUAGGGAGUUUGGGGUGCAGGCAAUGCCUUCAUUUGUUUUUGUGAAGAAAGGGGACGUGGUUGAUAAGGUCGUGGGGGCCAGGAAGGAGGAACUCCAGAAGAAGAUUGAGAAACACAGGAAAUAA